AUGACCGUCGUCGAGCCGUUCGACGUCGAGGACCCCAAGGCGGCGUCGAAAGACGGCGAGAGCAAGGACAAGGCGGACAAGUCCCCGGAGUACAAGAAGGAGGGCGUGAUCCAGACCGUGCGCGCGCGCGGCGGAUGGCUCACCGUGUUCUUCGUCGGCCUCGUCCUCGCCGCGCUCGUCGUGGAGGAGUUCGAGGACGUGCUCACCGCGAACGUGGAGCUGUCGUACUUCGUGCCGCUGCUCAUCGGGCACGGCGGGAACACCGGGUCGCAGAGCGUCGCGACGGUGAUCCGCGCGAUGGCGCUGAAGCAGAUCAGCACGAGGGACGCGUGGGUCGUCGUGUACAAGGAGAGCGCGGCGGGGUUCGUGAUGGGCGCGUUUCUCGGCGUCUUGGUGUACCUGCUCGCGUUGUGCUGGGACGGGUUAGACCCGAUCGUCGGCCUCGUCGUCGCGAUAUCCCUCCCGCUCGUGAGCUUGUGGGCGAACAUGUUAGGCGGCGUGCUCCCUCUCGCGGCGACGCACUUGGGGUACAACCCCGCGGUGACGACCGCGCCGCUCAUGACGACGAUCGUGGACUCGAGCGGGUUGGUGAUUUAUUUUCUCACGGCGAAGGCCAUCAUGCCGGCGUCGAUGUUGUCCGUGAUGAAAGAGGCGGGCGGCGUCGCGGCCGCGGCGUCGUAG